AUGUUUAACGGUGAUAAUUUUGAGGAAGACGAUCCCUUUUCUCCUGCCGCCUACUUGGGCGGUAUUCGUCAUCCUUUUAUGAGCAACAUCAUGAAUCCGAACAGAAAAUUUACAGAAUGUUACCGAUGUUAUCCCAUGGCCAUGAUGCAGCACGGCAACGAAAGAGAGAAUGUUAAUUACGGAGGAAAAAUUAUUCUUCCUCAAUCCGCUCUGGAAAAGUUGUCUCAGCUGAACAUUUCAUAUCCUAUGCUCUUCAGACUUAUCAAUGCGGGUCAGAAUAGACACACCCACGCCGGUGUGUUGGAGUUUAUCGCAGAAGAAGGUCGAGCAUAUUUACCUCAAUGGAUGAUGCAAUCACUCAAUAUUGAACCCGGCGAUUUGUUGGAAGUAAAAAAUACGACUUUACCACUUGGUUCAUUUGUGAAAAUUCAACCGCAGUCCAUCGACUUUCUGGAUAUCAGUGAUCCAAAGGCAGUUCUUGAGAAUGCUCUUCGAAAUUUCUCCACGCUUACUGUCGGAGACAUUGUACAAAUCAACUACAACGACAAAGUAUAUGAAAUCAAGGUUUUGGAGGUCAAACCGAACUUUGAAGAGCAUUCCGGAAUUUCCAUUGUCGAAACAGAUCUCGAGGUCGAUUUUGCCCCACCUGUAGGCUACGUCGAACCAACAAAGACGGUUUUACCAACCAUGAAGAGCCAAAUGAUCAUUGACGAGGAAGUUACCAAACCGACCAAUACCGGAUUCGCUGCUUUCCACGGAUCAGGCCGCACAUUGCGAGGGAAAGAUAAACAACCGGUAAAGCAAAAGAUGUCCGAGGAUGGGGAACAACCGUCCCCAGAGGAUAUGGACCUUACGGAAUCCGCUUUCGAUCCAAACGACGAUGGACCGCUCAAUCUUCCUUUCGGACAACUGUAUUUUGGCUUCCCUCUUGUUACCCCCAAGUCGAAAGAAGAAGCAGAAGAAGAUAGUAAAUCGCGAGCAUUUAAAGGUGCAGGACAAACCUUACGAAGCAAGAAAGUACCGAGUGCAUCUGCGCGAUAA